AUGAAAAAACGCGCGACGGGGGAUAUUGGCAUAAGAAUCAGCACAAAAAUGCCAACCAGUAGUGAAGUGGAAGGUAUAUACAUGCCGAAGAAUAUAGACGAGCAUGUAGGUCAUUUUUCGUCGAACCAGCGCACAUUUGAAUCGCACGCAACGCAAUCAACAUCAUCACUUAUCGAGGGUAAAAGAGCUGGACAUGGUAGAACCGUAACACCAUUAGUAAGAAAAUUGAAACACGAUGAACUUCGGCGAAUACCAAGUAAAACAAAAUGUCGGCGUCCUUCUUGGGUGACCACGCGAUGUGUAUUGAUAACUGGAUGUAUUGCAGUAUUUCUUAUUAUUAGUGCCAUUGUUGUUCCAAUUGCUCUUAUUUUUGAUAGAUCAGACACAACUACAACCACUAUAGCUCCAACAGUAUACACUACAUAUUGGUCCUUCGAUAAUACAACAUCAGAUUUAAAUAAUGUGUACAAUAAUAGUGUGUUGUUGAAUGGUGCUACUUAUUUCUCCACAGCCACAUAUUUUAAUUACGGUGCUGCGCUAUAUCUCACUUAUAAUCAAUCUGUUUUAAUUACUACUCCAUUUAUGAAUCUCUCGUAUACUAGUUUUACUGUAGAGGCGUGGAUAUUUCUACUGACGAGCGUUUCUGGUGACAAAGGGAUAUUUGGUCAAUGUGAAUGUUCGACAUGUGCUAACCAGUGCUUGUAUUUGAUAGUAAGAAAUGGGCGACUUUAUAUGGGAUUUUAUCAAAACGAUUUAUCUGGUAAUUCAACGCUCUCGCUUAACACAUGGUAUCACGUUGCUUAUGUCUAUGAUUAUUCGUCUUUUACUCAAAGAGUCUAUGUGCUUGGUGUGGCAGAUGGUUCUAAGACAAAUGCGAGUGCUUACACAGGACAAAAUGGAUCAAUCACAAUAGGUAAAACACAAAUUAAUACACCGUCAAAUUAUUUCAACGGUUUGAUCGACAAUUUAGUAGUAACAACGCGCGCGAAGAGCGCAAGUGAAAUAUUAAGUGAUGCUACGCUCGUAUGUUAUUAUUCAUUUGACACUUCGUCUGGUGGUAUAACACAAGAUAGUGGACCAAAUAAUAUGAAUAUAACAACGGUAUCGAAUGUGGUCGCCGUGAGCGGGCGAAUAGGUCAGGCAGCAUUAUUCAACGGUGCAAGUUCCUAUUUUCAAGCAGCUGGCUUCUUCCAGUUGGGUCAGUCUAAUUAUGCAUUUAGUAUCACAAUGUUUGUUAAUCCAACUGCUACUAAUUUUGCGGGUGGUUCACUCGUACACAUAUCAGCGACUGCCAGUGGUACUAGUGUUUGGUGUAUAGAUGCAAUAGGAUUCACCUAUGCAGGACAAAUUAGUGUUGUACUAUACAACGGAAAUUUUCCCAGCGUUGUUGGUCCGUUUUUACCAUUAAGUCAGUGGAGUCACGUUGGAUACACAUACAGUCAAGCAAACGGUCUUCGAUUGUACAUCAAUGGUAUUUUGUUUGGUUCAUCGGGGACGAUGGCCUAUGUAGCUAGUGGUUACAAUAACUAUUUAACAUUUGGUUUUAAUUUUAAUGCUUGUGGUAGUGGACCAAUAUCUGGUGGCUAUUAUCAAGGUGCAAUAGAUGAAGUUUAUGUUAAUAGACGAGAAUUAAGUGCAGCAGAAGUAUACUCACGCGCUAAUUCAUAG